AUGUACUCAACCGCGCACGCUCACAUACACGUGCACACUAACGCGUGCAGCUUGAGGCUUACAUGUACAUGUAAUAGGUUACAUUCACGUGCAUGUACAGGUGUAAAGCUUGAGGUAAUCUUCUUUUUGUGCUUUUGUUUCAGUGAGCAAGAGGUAAGGAUACAUGGCUUGGGUGCUGCCAUUAACCGUGCAAUCAAUCUGGCAUUGCAGCUUGAACAAAGAGGACAAGGAACUGUUGAGUUAUCAACAACUACUUCCAGUGUUAAACUAGUUGAUGACUUUGAGCCUGAGGAUGAUGACCAUGAAGGUUGUUCUAAAGUGCGAACUAACUCAGCAAUACACAUAAGAGUUUACAAGAAACCCAUCUUGCCAGUUAACUCAGAAGGAACAUCAAAAAAUCUUACAUGAAUUCCUUGUUACGUUAUUCUUGGAGUUAUUGAUUUUCAAGAGCAGCUUGCAUCACCUAAUGUGUUCAUAUUCACUGGUGAUAACAUCCACUUUCAGAGGCCAUUUGGAUUUUUGCAACAAAGGUGGCAAUGAGGAAGAUCCACAUUUUCCUGAAUUAUAAAGAAACAGUCUAAACAGUUCUAAAGAAACAGCAUUACCAUAUAAAAGCACUGUCAAAAUGCGCUGCCAGCCCUACUACUUCUGUUAUCUUGCCUGCUGCUACAAAACACUUUAACAGGGCUGCGGGUAAAUAAUAGACCAACAAGACAGUACAUGUUGCAUUGCUUUUAUGGCAUAACUAAAGAAAUACAGAUGACCUUUCUAAGACUUCUAAGAGUCUUGUAUGUCAUACAAGUACAACAGGAGUUAUCAGGAGUGGUAUUUGUCGACUGGUAACCAAGUGAAUCAACAGCAGCACACAGAAGUCAAUUGGCUGUACUUCCAUUGUGGGUGGCUUAGCCUACAUUAACUUAAAAUCAGAGUUGCAAUUUUCUCAUUCUCAUGUUAAGCAAUGACAUCUUAAGACCAGAAUCAUAGUUUUGGGCUUCUCUAAAUGUGAUCACCAACUGAAUGAAGUCUGCACUCAACAGCCUCAAAUCCCUUGGUAACUCUUUACUGGUGAAUCUUUGUUCCUGGAUUAAAACCAGCUCCAGCUACAUCCUUAUUUGAGAUUGUUGUCAUAAAAUGUGUCUGAGGAGCUAUGCCUUGUUAUCCACUUGUGAAGUCCUCAAGUUCUCCUGAGCUCAUUGACUUGUUAUCUGCAGCAUUUGUAUGGUGUGUAAAUCAGAGAUAUUGGAGCCUCCAAUAUUGCCAUGAUCAGCAUUGAAAUCUUCCAAAGGGAUUUGGACAGCUUUGAGCCCCCAUUUUUGGAGCAGAUCCUCAAUGGAGCGACUAGAACUACAAAGAAAGAUAUGUAUAAAAAGCUAUCAAAUUCAAAUUUCAGACUGCCCUAAUGUAGCUGACUAGUGCCCAAUUACACACCUGGGUGAAGAUAAUAACAUGUCUUGCCCCAAAACAUGACACAAUGACCCUAACCAGCACCCAAACUGAACAACUCAAUUCUUUAAGUCUAAUGAACCAACCAUUAGGCCAACCAAAAUCUCUAUGCA